UUUUCCCCUCCCAUGUGCUCACACUGGCGCUAAAAGUUUUGAGCUCCUCAAAAGUCCAGAGCCACCAUCCUGGGCGCAGGUAGCCGCUGGGCUCCGGGGGCACCUGGCGUCCUGCUUGGAGCGCGCUUCCCAGGACGGUGACACGAUCCCCUGCGGAUCGGCAGCCACACUGCCUUCCAGGACGCUGCCAUGGAGGAGCUGCAGUCAGAUCUCAGCAUCGAGCCCCCCCUGAGUCAGGAGACAUUUUCAGACUUAUGGAGUCUACUUCCUCAAAACAACCUUCUGUCCACCUCGCUGUCCCCACCAGUGGAUAAUCUCAUACUGUCCCCAGAAGAGGUUGCAGACUGGCUCAGUGAAGAUCCGGAUGGAGCUCUCGGAAUGUCAGCAGCUCCUGCACCCGUGGCUCCUGCACCAGCUGCCCCCACACCAGCGGCCCCUGCCCCAGCCACCUCCUGGCCUCUGUCAUCCUCUGUCCCUUCCCAGAAGGCCUACCUUGGCAGCUAUGGUUUCCGCCUGGGCUUCUUAAAUUCUGGGACAGCCAAGUCUGUCACUUGCACGUACUCCCCUACCCUCAACAAGAUGUUUUGCCAGCUUGCAAAGACCUGCCCUGUGCAGCUCUGGGUUGACUCCACACCCCCUCCGGGCGCCCGUGUCCGUGCCAUGGCCAUCUACAAGCAGUCACAGCACAUGACAGAAGUCGUGAGGCGCUGCCCCCACCACGAGCGCUGCUCUGAUAGCGAUGGUCUGGCCCCUCCUCAGCACCUCAUCCGGGUGGAAGGAAACAUGCGUGUGGAGUAUUUGGAUGACAGAAACACUUUUCGACACAGUGUGGUGGUGCCCUAUGAGCCACCUGAGGUCGGCUCUGACUGUACCACCAUCCACUACAACUACAUGUGUAACAGCUCCUGCAUGGGUGGCAUGAACCGGCGGCCCAUCCUCACCAUUAUCACAUUGGAAGACUCCAGUGGUAACCUCCUGGGACGUAAUAGCUUUGAGGUACGCGUUUGUGCCUGUCCUGGGAGAGACCGGCGCACAGAGGAAGAAAAUCGCCGCAAGAAAGGGGAGCCUUGCCCUGAGCUUCCUCCUGGGAGCACUAAGCGAGCACUGCCCACCAAUACCAGCUCCUCUCCUCAGCCAAAGAAGAAACCACUGGACGGAGAAUAUUUCACCCUUCAGAUCCGUGGGCGUGAACGCUUUGAGAUGUUCCGGGAGCUGAAUGAGGCCUUGGAACUCAAGGAUGCCCAAACUGGGAAGGAGCCUGGGGGGAGCAGGGCUCACUCCAGACACCUGAAGUCCAAGAAGGGGCAAUCUACUCCCCGCCAUAAAAAAAUAAUGUUCAAGAAAGAGGGGCCCGACUCAGACUGAUGUCCUCUGCUUCUUGUCCCCUAUUGAUUGCCCCCCCUCCCACCCUUACCCCUCUUCCCUGGCAUUUUGAGAUUCUGGUGCUUGAAUCCCUGCUUGGUAUAGAUGUGCCUCAAGAAUACACAGGAAUUCUUCCGUUUGCCUUGGUGUGGGGCUUUAUUAAAGAAGUUGGCCUGCACCGGUGUUUUGUGGGGGAGAUAGGAGCUAGGACACACCAACUUAGCUUUUAAGGUUUUUACUGUGAGGAAUGUUUGGGAGAGGUAAGAAAAUGUUCUUGCAUGUAAGGGUUAGAUUUUACCACCAGCCAUACACUGGGUUGGAAGCCCAGUUCUCCACCAUACUAACUAGGGAAGCUAUCUCAAGUUGUUUAAUUUUUCCUAACUUCAAAGUCCACACUUAUGAAAUGCUGAUAAUCGUACCUACCUCACGGAGUUUGUUGUGAGGGUUAAUGAAAUAAUGUAUGAAACCACUUUUUAUUACAUGGUGUCUGGGACUGGGCCCCCUUGUGGUGCUGGUUCCCUGUCCCUGUUGGUGGAUGAAUUGAUACUUUCUGUGAUUGGGCAGCAGGUCAAGGGGAGGGGGUUUCUAAGGCUCUGCUGGCCCAGCCAACCUCUUGGUGAACCCUGGCACGUAGAAGGAAAUCUCACCCCAUCCCACACCCUAGAAGAUUCCAUCUCUUGUGUAAGAUCUGUGUCCACCAAGCCCUGUUUUACUUCCCCCAAAUGCUCAGGGUCAAUGUUUUAUAUACUCUGCCAUGCACAUCUGCCUUUGUCACCCCCACCCCAUC